UUAUACCAUACGUACAGUUAAUCAGAACCAUUAUUUAUUAUUAUCUGUCUAAACCAUUUAAUAUACUUUUUACAGACACGGCCAUCGCACUGAGAGAUAUUCGGUAUAGAUAUAACUGGAGUGAAUAAGGAAACCUUCUUCCUGAUCAGACAUUGGAGCCUGUUAUCAGCAUGAACUCAUAUGUGUUAGACAAACACUUGCAUAGUUCAUAUCCAUCCUUCACUACAGGAAGCAUCAGAAUGAUACCACAAACUCCAGUAGUCUUAGACACAAAUGACUAUUCACAAACAUUGGGGAUAUCACAGCAGAUAUUUAAAGAAGAUGGUGAAUUUGCAGGAACUGGGCAGCAAUCAUUAUGUACAGAGAGUCAUUUAGUCAUCAAACAAGAGGACAACAUUUAUGCCUUAUCAAGUGAAAUGAUUAUCCCCCAGGAUAAACCACACACAUUUACUGAGUUUUCAAAACAUAAUAAAAAAGGGAAAAGUCUACAGUCUAGCCAAAUGAUGCAAAUAAAGGAGAAACCUUUAAAAUCUACAGAAUGUGAGAAAAGCUUUAGAUGGAAGUCUCAUCUACUAGAACCCCACAAAAUUCACACAGGUGAGAAACCACACUCAUGUACUGAGUGCGGCAAAUAUUUUACACAAAUGAAUCAUCUGAAAACUCAUGAAAGAAGUCACACAGGAGAAAUGCCUUUCACAUGUACAGAGUGUGGGAAAUGUUUUAUAGAAAAGAGUAAUCUGAAAACUCAUAAAAAGAUUCACGCAGGGGAGAAGCCGUUCACAUGCACAUACUGUGGAAAAGGAUUUACACUAAAGUGUAAUCUGAAAACUCAUGAAAGGAUUCACACAGGAGAAAAGCCUUUCACGUGUACAGAGUGUGGAGAAAGUUUUACACGAAUGGAUUGUCUGAAAACUCAUGAAAAGAUUCACACGGGAGAAAAGCCUUUCACAUGUACAGAGUGUGAAAAAAGUUUUACACAAAUGCAUUGUCUGAAAACUCAUGAAAGGAUUCACACAGGAGAAAAGCCUUUCACAUGUACAGAGUGUGGAAAAAGUUUUACACAAAUGAGUCAUCUGAAAACUCAUGAAAAGAAUCACACAGGAGAAAAGCCUUUCACAUGUAUAGCGUGUGGAAAACAUUUUACAGAAAAGAGUCAUCUGAAAAAUCAUGAAUGGAUUCACAAAGGGGGAAAGCCUUUCCCAUGUACAGAGUGUGGAAAAAGUUUUACACGAAUAAGUAGUCUAAAAACUCAUGAAAGGAGUCACACAGGGGAAAAGCCUUUCACUUGUACAGAGUGUGGAAAAAGUUUUAUACGAAUGGGUCAUCUGAAAACUCAUGAAAUGAUUCACACAGGAGAAAAAUCUUUCACAUGUACAGAGUGUGGAAAAUGUUUUACACAUAUAAUUAGUCUGAAAACUCAUGAAAUGAUUCACACAGGGGAAAAGCCUUUCACGUGUACAGCAUGUGGAAAAAGUUUUAAACAAAUGAGUAGUCUGAAAACUCAUGAAUUGAUUCACACAGGGGAAAAGCCUUUCACAUGUACAGAGUGUGGAAAAAGUUUUAAACAAAUGAGUAGUCUGAAAACUCAUAAAAUGAUUCACACAGGGGAAAAGCCUUUCACAUGUACAGAGUGUGGAAAAAGCUUUACACAAAUGAGUCAUCUAAAAUAUCAUGAAAUGAGCCACACAGGGGGAAAGCCUUUCACAUGUACAGAGUGUGGAAAAAGUUUUACAGAAAAGAGUAAUCUGAAAAGUCAUGAAAGGAUUCAUACAGGAGAAAAGCCUUUCACAUGUACAGAGUGUGGAAAACGUUUUACAGAAAAGAGUAAUCUGAAAAGUCAUGAAAGGAUUCACACAGGAGAGAAGCCUUUCACAUGUACAGAGUGUGGAAAAAGAUUUAGACUAAAGAGUAAUCUGAAAACUCAUGAAAGGAUUCACACAGGAGAAAAGCCUUUCACAUGUACAGACUGUGGAAAAAGUUUUACAGAAAAGAGGAGUCUGAAAAAACAUGAAAGGAUUCACACAGGAGAAAAGCCUUUCACAUGUACAGAGUGUGGAAAAAGUUUUACAGAAAAGAGGAGUCUGAAAAAACAUGAAAGGAUUCACACAGGAGAAAAGCCUUUCACAUGUACAGAGUGUGGGAAAUGUUUUAUAGAAAAGAGUAAUUUGAAAACUCAUAAAAAGAUUCACGCAGGGGAGAAGCCGUUCACAUGCACAUACUGUGGAAAAGGAUUUAGACUAAAGAGUAAUCUGAAAACUCAUGAAAGGAUUCACACAGGAGAAAAGCCUUUCACAUGUACAGACUGUGGAAAAAGUUUUACAGAAAAGAGGAGUCUGAAAAAACAUGAAAGGAUUCACACAGGAGAAAAGCCUUUCACAUGUACAGAGUGUGGAAAAAGUUUUACAGAAAAGAGGAGUCUGAAAAAACAUGAAAGGAUUCACACAGGAGAAAAGCCUUUCACAUGUACAGAGUGUGGAGAAAGUUUUAGAGAAAAGAGUAGUCUGAAAAAACAUGAAAGGAUUCACACAGGAGAAAAGCCUUUCACAUGUACAGAGUGUGGAAAAAGUUUUACAGAAAAGAGUAGUCUGAAAAAACAUGAAAGGAUUCACACAGGAGAAAAGCCUUUCACAUGUACAGAGUGUGGAGAAAGUUUUACACAAAUUAAUUGUCUGAAAACUCAUGAAAAGAUUCACACAGGAGAAAAGCCUUUCACAUGUACAGAGUGUGGAAAAAGUUUUACACAAACGAGUAAUCUGAAAACUCAUGAAAGGAUUCACACAGGAGAAAAGCCUUUCACAUGUACAGAGUGUGGAAAAAUGUUUACACAUAUAAGUAGUCUAAAAAUUCAUGAAAGGAUUCACACUGGGGAAAAUCCUUUCACAUGUACAGAGUGUGGAAAUUUUUUUACACAUAUAAGUAGUCUAAAAACUCAUGAAAGGAUUCACACUGGGGAAAAGUCUUUCACAUGUACAGAGUGUGGAAAAAGUUUUACACAAAUGAGUACUCUGAAAACUCAUGAAAUGAUUCACACAGGAGAAAAAUCCUUCACAUGUACAGAGUGUGGAAAAUGUUUUACACUAAAGAGUUAUCUGAAAAGUCAUGAAAGGAUUCACACAGGAGAAAAAUCUUUCACAUGUACAGAGUGUGGAAAAAGUUUUACACGAAAAAGUAGUCUAAAAACUCAUGAAAGGAGUCACACAGGGGAAAAGCCUUUCACAUGUACAGAGUGUGGAAAAAGUUUUACAUAUAUAAUUAGUCUGAAAACUCAUGAAAUGAUUCACACAGGGGAAAAUCCUUUCACAUGUACAGAGUGUGGAAAAAGUUUUAAACACAUGAGUAGUCUGAAAACUCAUAAAAUGAUUCACACAGGAGAAAAGCCUUUCACAUGUACAGAGUGUGGAAAACGUUUUACAAAAAUAAGUAAUCUGAAAACUCAUAAAAUGAUUCACACAGGAGAAAAGCCUUUCACAUGUACAGAGUGUGGAAAACGUUUUACAAAAAUAAGUAAUCUGAAAACUCAUAAAAUGAUUCACACAGGAGAAAAGCCUUUCACAUGUACAGAGUGUGGAAAACGUUUUACACAAAUAAGUUAUCUGAAAACUCAUGAAAGGAUUCACAAGGGAAGAAACCUUUAACAUGUUUAGAAAAUAGGGUUUCUACCUUGCUACCUUUUUACAUAGCCGAUUCCCGACACUUUGCAAAUGAGCGUGGUUGAGGAUGUGGUUAGGGGUGUGGCCUCACAUGACCUUAAAGAGACAUUCCAGCCAAAAUUGUAAUCCACGUGUAUGCAUUUCAGUUUUGAGUAGAAGCAUUUUUGUAAUAUACAUGUAUUAAAAAAAUGCUUCUAAUAAGUUAUAGUUGUUUCAAAAGUGUAUUUAAGUAUGCCCCGUGCACCAGUAUUUUAAACACAGCACUUGCUCAGAGAGCCUAAGGUGCUUUUACCAAUGACUCAAUUUGUUCAUUGCUGACAUGAUACAAGACCCACUGAUGCUAUGAGCAGCUGUAGUGUUUAAAAUGCUGGUGCACUGAGAGUAUCUAGCUAUGAUACACAUGCAUGUGCAGAGAAAAAUAUUAUCACUAAAAUAGUGAUAACUUUUACUAGAAACAUUUUUGGCAAUAUGUGUUUAUUGCAAAUAUGUUUUUAUUCAAAGAUGUAAUUCAUCUGUGUAUUUAAAUUUUGACCGGAGUGUCCCUUUAAUAAAAUAUAUUUUACAAUUUUUUGGUCUGUUAUUAAAGGAUUGAGUGUUUAUAAUGUUUAAUUUAAUACACACACAGCAAAGAUAGAUGAGAGAGAUGAUAGAUAUAUACAGUUUGGUAGACAGACUGACAGAAAGGUGUGUGUAUAUAUACCCGUUAAGGGUCUAGCGAGAUCUGCCAAACUGGAGGGGGGAAGAUGUCAUGGAUACCAGACAGCCAAGGCUGCCCCCCCCUACUGCCUGCAUGACUACUUGUCACAACAGAUUUGGCACUUUCAUGGCUAGCGGGAUCUUGCUGUCUCUUGCUAUCUACUGUUUUGCCAUGCUUUGCCAGGCCGCAAGAGUUGAACUCCUACCACCUCACCCCCUUCUGUUCCUCAGCGGAUUUGGGUUCCGGAGAGCAACUACAAUCUCCUAGACCUUUUGUUUAAUUUAUUUGCUGAUGAGUACUUUGUCAGAGAAGAGCUGAUCUCUGUUCGGAAAAACCCUCCUGGGCUGGCCUGGCUUCUGGAACUCCCGGUUGGCCGCCUUGACAACAGACACCCGAACAGCAGGACACCCGCUGACUUUCUUUUGAGGAUUGGUAGCCCCCAGGGUGGACAAGAGGGGGAAUUGCCGGAGGGGAGUUCCUUUGGGAACAAUUCUACCCCCAUAAAUUCAACGGACUGUAUCUCCGGUCACCAGUAACAAAUCACGUCGCUUUUUGGACGGUGGCAUCUAGGGGUCGAGAGCUUUAAAAUGGCAGGUGCCAGCCUGUCUGGAGGAACAGGAAAAUUGUGGGAUUGUCCAGUGUCUUAUCAAGAUGAGCUUUGUGUAUAAAAGGAGUGUGUGUUUUCCAAUAAAAUCAGUUCUUGUUCCACCUGAA